UCCACCGUAGUAGAAGAAGAAGGUUGCAGGUGCCUGUGGAGGUGCCUGCUUGUUUCUUGUUUGUUGGUGUCCUCCUCUCUGUUGAAAUUACAGUUGGAAAAUACUCCGUUUUAAAGCAGCACUAACAUAACUAACUAUGAUAUCAGAGUCUCCUCCCAACGCCUCACAACCAAACUCCCCUCACAGCAGGAUGGCACAGUGGGGGGCCAUAUUAUCGAUAAUCGCUGCCCUCGGAGGAGCGGCACUGUUAGCCUCCGUGCAUAAAAUCGACGAGGGACACACUGGAGUUUACUACAGGGGAGGGGCUCUGCUGACCACCACCAGCGGACCUGGUUUCCAUCUCAUGCUUCCCUUCAUCACCACCUACAAGCCUGUUCAGACCACGUUGCAGACAGAUGAGGUGAAGAAUGUCCCAUGCGGCACAGGGGGAGGAGUGAUGAUUUACUUUGACCGUAUAGAAGUGGUGAACUACCUUCAUCCAUCAGCAGUGUUCGACAUUGUGAGGAACUUCACGGCCGACUACGACAAAGCUUUGAUAUUCAACAAAGUUCACCACGAGCUCAACCAGUUCUGCAGUGUGCACUCGCUGCAGGAGGUCUACAUCGGGCUGUUCGACCAAAUCGAUGAAAACCUGAAGCUGACACUGCAGGAGGAUCUUACCUCCAUGGCACCUGGACUCAUCAUACAGGCGGUCCGUGUCACAAAGCCUAUCAUCCCGGAGAGCAUUCGCAGGAACUACGAGCUCAUGGAGAGCGAGAAGACGAAACUGCUGAUCUCUCAGCAGACACAGAAGGUUGUGGAGAAGGAGGCAGAGACGGAAAGGAUCAAAGCUGUGAUAGAGGCUGAGAAAGUGGCACAAGUGGCAGAGAUCAAAUACGGACAGAAAGUCAUGGAGAAGAAUACGGAGAAAAGGAUCUCUGAAAUUGAAGACGGCGCUUUCCUCGCCCGGCAGAGAGCCAAGGCAGAUGCAGAGUUUUAUACGUCACAGAGAACGGCAGAAGCCAAUAAGGUAAAGCUCACACCGGAGUACCUGCAGCUCAUGAAGUACAAGGCCAUCUCCUCCAACAGUAAGAUCUACUUCGGGAGCGAGAUCCCGCACAUGUUUGUGGACUCGGGAUCUGCAGGGAGCUCCGUGAAGGCGUCUGCAGCCAUGGACAUUGUAGCCGAGCAGAUCAUGGACCUGGAUUAGUAAAGAAAUACCUGGGCCCUCAGGACCACCCAGAGGUGGAGGACUGUCUGCAGUGGGGGGGGGGGAACUCUGCUGAACAGGGCCCGUAUUUCUCAAACACCUCAGAAUAACCACUAGAAAUCACACUGAGGGUUUUACUACGACGUUUUAUCAUUCUCCUACAGCAGAGGACUGGAGUUAUUUAAGAGGUUCAUUUAAGACUCCUGCUCCGUUCUUAGAGAAGGUCUGGAAUCAGAUAACCAAGAUCUUUUCAUAUGUGCAUCAAGUGUACACAUUUCAUAAAUCAGAAAACAACAAAUAUCUGAAAUUCAUGUGUUUGUACCUCGGCUGCAACUUGCAACAGAUUUUUUUAAAUUAUCAAUUAAUCUGCUAAUAUUUUCCUCAAUUUCUCAAGUCUUAACUCUAUAAACCAUCAAAAACGUCCACAAAUGUCUUGUUUUGUUUGACCAAAAUACCCAUAAAUAUUAGUUUUCAUUGAUUUCUGACAAACAAAGCAGGCAACCCUUUUAUUUAGAGGCUGGAUAUUUAAACAUUUGUAUCACUAUUUUUGCUUUAAAAAUUACUCAAAUGAUUAAAAGAUCAAAAUUAUUUCUGUAGAUUGUAGACUUUCUAUCGACUAUUGGCUAUAUUUUGACAAAUAUGGACUCUUCAGGUCCUGUUUGUAUUUGAGAAGCACCCACAUGCAUGUGUCCUGAGCAUUAAUUUGAAGCGGGUGUAUUUAUGUAGUCAUUAUUUUAGGUGCAAUGAAUCUAAUCAGUAGUUGUUCUUUGUUGUUGCAUGCAUUUGCUAAACCUGUCCUUUAGUUACCUUUGUUAAAUUGCAGAUAUAAUAAGUCUAGACAUUUAUUGUCAAGAUCAAGAGUUAUUAAAUGACUGAUCCCUGCUGCUGAACAGAACGACAACAUGUUUGUCUCUCUGAGGACAAAGGGUUCUGAAGUGCUUGAAAAAUAUGAACCCUCUCGACUCAUUUCACCUUAGACGAUGCACAGGAAGGAUGAAGCUGCUGUGUGCAAGCUGCUGCCUGUCAGAUGUAGCGUCAUCGCUCUUUGUGUUUUUUGUGUCUGCUGAAUAUUACCUGAGUUUGUGCAGCUGUCUGAAGUCUGCUGUAUGUGUGUGUGUAGCACAUCUCUCCGUGCAUUCAGAGGGGAGAAUGUAUCGUUGCAGCUGCUUAAGUUCACUGUUAAUAUUUACUUUGCAUCAGCGCCCACUUUAAAAUGAUUUAUGGUGGAUUUAUUAAUUAGAUCAGUGAUUUCACACUUUUGGAUUUGGUUUCUUGGUUUGAUCUGGACCAAACAUGUUCUCUGUCUUAAAUGAGUUGGUCUCCCUGCAUUUAGCAGAUUCUGAGGGUGGUGGCGUUGCACAACCAGGAAUAUAUGGUUAUGAGUUACAACCAAGCGAUGCGUACAUCAGAGGAACCCAUUGCUUCAAAGUUUCAUAACGUAGCUUCAGGCUGAGAAGCUGCAUGUUCAGGCAUCAAGUCUGCCACUUAGAGCAAUUUUUUCGUGGUUUAAAGCUGUUCCUGUGACUAAAAUCAACCUCCACCCAACUUCUAAACAAGCAUUAUGUGACUAUGUGUUGUUGGCCCCGCUCUUUGUUGUCCUUCAUCCCUCCCCGUUUUUAUUUUAAUAUGAACUUCUCUUAAUUGAUUCAGAUUGAACAUUGACUUGAAAAGCAACGGUUUUUGCACUGAUUUCAAUUGUAAAUAUGCAAUCAAGAUAUCAAGUCAUUUGGCAAUAAAGAACUGUGGGUUAUA